AUGGCUUAUGUGGACCAGAGGUACAACAUGGCUUAUGUUGGAUCAGAGGUACAACAUGGCUUAUGUUGGACCAGAGGUACAAAAUUCCUUAUGUUGGACCAGAGUGGACCAGAUGUACAAUAUCGCUUAUGCUGGAACAUAGGUACAACAUGGCUUAUCUUGGAUCAGAGUCAUGAACUGCUUAAUGGCGUCGGCAAACCAGCUUCUAAUUUUGCUCUUCCUGAGGCACUCAUUUGCGUGUGGCAGCAGCAGAUGCUGUUACUGCUCGUGGCCUCGACGAGGUUGAAGCCUCUUGAUAAUUCGUACGUGCCCGGCCGCCCGCGUGCCCGCGUGACGUCACGGCGAGGAGAGAGGAAACUCCAUUCCUCAUCCCACCACCUGCCUCCUCCUCCUCCUCCUACUUCUCAACCUCCUCCUCCUCCCCCUCCUUCUCCUCCUCCUCCUCCUCCUCCUUUCCCUCAGCCACCUUCCAGUACCUCAACAUCCCCCUCAACUCCAUUGCCCGUAGGGCAGAACAAGGAGAGAGGAGGAGGUGGGAGCUCGACCUUUUCUAAUUUCUUCGGCAGUGACCUCGGCCAGGGAUCCUUCACCCCAUCCCCAGAUAACACGGGGGAUCCCCCAGGACUCUCCCAAACUAACCCCCCGCCCCCCACCACAAUCCCUGAAAACAACCUCAAACAGCCAAUACGGGAAAAGGAUCCCUGA